CUUGCAUCUUCCGAUCUUCCUAUGGCAAGCUUUGAGGAGAUUCAAGGAAUUGACGAUGCUAAGCUGGAAGUCAUGGAAUUAGUGGACACAUUGCGAAACCCGGAAAAGUACGCCAUUUUAGGUGCCCGAGCACCUACAGGACUGUUGCUUGAAGGACCUCCCGGUACGGGAAAGACAAUGUUGGCCAGGGCGACCGCUGCUUCCGCCGGUGUUCCACUAUUGUACUGUUCUGGUAGUGACUUUGUUGAGAUGUUUGUUGGUCGGGGAGCUGCUCGGGUGCGUAAACUUUUUGAACGAGCAGCGCGUCUGUCGCCGUGCAUUAUUUUUGUGGACGAACUUGACGCACUUGGCAAAUCUCGCGAUGCCGGCGGUGGAAUAGGACCCUUUUCACGAAGUAAUGACGAAGCUGAGCAAACUUUGAAUCAGCUACUAGCAUGCAUGGAUGGACUUGAUAGCUCCAGGAGGAUUUGUGUGCUGGCUGCAACAAAUCGAAAAGACGUACUAGACUCAGCGUUGAUUCGUCCGGGACGGUUCGAUCGCAUUGUUAAAUUGAAACUGCCGGACACAAACGGCCGUGAAAAUAUUUUGCGAGUGCAUUGUACAAAGUUGCCCGGCUUUCAAGAAGGAUCCGGAGUCGACUCGAAUCGGACAGGGUCGCUUGGAAAGGGUAGGAGAGUCGAUUUGGCCGCGAUAUCUGUAAUGACGGAAGGGUUCAGCGGCGCCGAGCUGGAAUUUUUGGUCAAUGAAGCCGCAAUUCGGGCCGUACGA